ACCGCGCGCCCAGCGGGCUCUUCUUCGCGCAGGCGCAGUGCGAGCUCGGCUCUGUGAGGCGGAGGCGGCGCUGAACAUGGCGCUGAACAGGAACCACUCGGAGGGCGGCGGCGUCAUCGUUAACAACAGCGAGAGCGUUCUGAUGACCUAUGAUCAUGUAGAAAUGACCUUCAGUGAUGCUGAACCGAUGCCUGAGGCGUUCAAAGGGACCAAGAAAGGGAGUGUUUUCUUGACUCCCUACCGAGUUAUCUUUAUAUCGAAGGGAAAGGAUGCUCUGCAGUCUUUUGGGAUGGCCUUUUAUUUGUUGAAAGAUUGUGAGAUUAAGCAGCCUGUCUUUGGAGCAAACUAUAUCAAGGGUACAGUGAAAGCAGAGGCAGGAGGCGGCUGGGAAGGAUCUGCCACCUUCAAGAUGACCUUUACAGCUGGGGGUGCUAUAGAGUUUGGGCAGCGUAUGCUACAGGUGGCAUCCCAAGCCUCCAGAGGUGAAGUCCCCAGCGGAGCUUAUGGCUACUCCUAUAUGCCGAAUGGAUCCUAUGCUUUUGCACCACCUGUGGCCAAUGGGGGCUAUCCGUACCCACCGCCUCCUCCUGAGUUUUACCCUGGUCCCCCUGUGGGGGGUGCAGACAUGGGUUACAUGCAUCUGCCUCCCCCGCCGUACCCUGGGCCCUUGGAGCCACCCUCUGGUGGUCCAGAUCUGCCUUCUACUCCUGCAGCUGAAGCAAAAGCUGCUGAAGCUGCUGCCAGUGCUUACUACAACCCAGUAAACCCACACAACGUCUACAUGCCCACGGACCAGCCACCCCCUCCUCCGUACUUCCCACCAGAGGACAAGAAAAACCAAUAAGCUACCAGAGAACUUCUCCACAACUCAUUGCUUUCUUACUUCCCACUUUGGCUGAAUCCCGGGGCAUGGUCCUUAGCACUGAGGAGUAGAGCCUUACCUCAAGGCACGUAGCUUUCCUGGACUGUAGUGGUAGAUAUGAGCAGAGCAAGGGGAGAGAUGUCAGCAGCCUGGCUCACCUCAAAGAGCUCUGAAGGUUUGCAGCCCUACCACGGUUUUCCUUUCUCCCUGUGCACACCAACACUAGAACUGGAGAUUCUCUUUCUGAUAGUUUCCUUUAUGUCUGUUUCUUCUGAUACUUCAGUCAUACCUCUUUAGAGUAAUGAUAAUUAACAAGCUCAUAACAUGGGAACAAGGCGCUUGGGGAGUCAUGUCUUUACAUUGGGGUUCUCUGGACACAGAGGUGUCUCUUUGUAGCCCUCUAAACCUGUAGUAUCACACCCAACUUUUCCCUCUGCUACUGAAUAAAGGGCUUCAGUGGGAACCUUUGGAAUCUCAGAGGAAAUGGAUGUCUAUCGCAUUAUGUAGAUGUCUGAUAAACUCCCUUAAAACAAGUUCCUCUGCUGUGCACUCUGAUGAUGCUGACAAGCUUCCUUUCUCUGAACAAAGCUGCCCUUUGCGGGGCUGAUCAGCAGCAUCUGACUGGUCACAGAUCACGUGGGAACACUCAUCCUCACUUAUCUCUUUUUUCCAUUCCAAUACGUGGGCUUGAGAUCACGAAGCCCUGAACGUUGCCCUUAUAGUCAUUGAUGCACUUCUUUUUCCCUCCCCUCCCUGUAACACAAGUUACACUUUGGCCAGUGAAACAUCUUCCUGCUGUGAUUUAACUGGUGAAUUAAUAGCUCGUGGGAAGAAAAUAGUCGCUUCUGCUCUGGAAACACUUGAGAGAAUGUAUGAAAAGGUGAAGUAAGUCAUUAGGUGUAACUGAGCUGUGUCGCUGGAUGCUGUUAGUGCUCCUGGAUCAGCUGGGAGUUGACUUUGAACCGAUCUUAUUGACUUCUGACAGUGUUUGUGGGGGUGAGGAUCCAUCCCAGCAAGUGUGGAGAAGGAUCAUGUGUUAGGGAAAGGCUGAGCCCUGCUGCAUGGAGCCUGCUUGGACAUGAACAGGGACCACCUCUUGUUUUAAUGUGUCUGACUUUAGGUGAUGAAUCAAACGGCUGCUCUCUGUGCACUGACUUUUCUAGAAUUGCUAUUGCGGUGAUGUAAAGAAAUGGGUAUUUUAAAUAUGCAUCUAUAUCUCUAUAUAUAUACUUCUAUAUUUAUUUUGAAACUGAUUAAUAUAUGGAUGUGGAAUGACUUCCAAAUGCACUUUUGUUUUGCCAAGACUGUGAAGUAAAGCGAAAUCAGCUCGAAUCUUAA